AUGGAUUCAACGCCGACCGACCCCAAUUCCAACCCUGAGACGUACUCAAAGCCGAACCUCCCUGUCUUUGCGCCUCUAUACCCCUCCCCAAUCCGCAUCCUGGUGAAGACCCUAACGCACCUUGUCCCAAGCGACGGUGUAGUCCCAGAUGCAGAAGACGACCUUCACGCCGAUAAGCUGAUUUCCAUGCUGGACCGGAUCUGCAAACACGUCUGGGGUUGUCCUUACGAACCCGGAAACCACAGGUGGUAUGCGCACGGGGACGACGAGUUCGGGUAUAAUAAUCGGCUUUGCUUCUUCCUCGUUGAUCUUGGUACCGCGCCGGAGGGGGGAGAUGAGGAUGUCGAGGUGCGGGCAUUCGAGUGGGAUGGGAGCGAGUUCAAGCCAAAUGCAGAGAUGCUACAGAUAAAAGACAUCCAGGACGAGCUGAAAGAGACGCCCUUUACCCCGAAGCCCAGGUCUAAACCUGGGCAGUCCGACGAGGGCGAGGACAAGCCGUCAGUGAGGGAGAUGGUGAGGAUGAGACUUCGCGGGCUGGAGCGCGUACCUAACAGCGAGCUGGAAUACGUCAGGAGUCACCCUGAAGACAUGGAGUGGUUGAAGAGGAAGCUGAGGCCGAGGUUUUAUGAGAGUCUGUUGAAGCAGAUUGAGGACAGGGAGAUGGAGAUGGAGAUGGAUCACGGAGAGAAAGAGUCUGGGGAGGUACCAUCUUAA